AUAACCCUUUGGGAGUGUAUUUUAAAUUAAAAAAUAAUAUAUAAAAAGAUCAUGGAAGUAGAUACAGUAGAAUCGGAAUUUAAACUCCGUACUAUGUUAUGUGAAAUGAAUCAACUUUCGAUGCCUGAUGGCUCGGCAAUGUUGAUGCAAGGUGAUACAACUGUAGUAGCAGGUGUUUAUGGACCCGUAGAAUCGAAAGCGGUAAAGAUGAUUUAUGACAAAGCUUCCUUAGAAGUUGUAUAUUGUCCUGUAAAAGGACCUGCAAAGAUUGAUGACAGGAUGAUAGAAAAAUAUGUAAGGGAAUCGUGCGAAGCUGGGAUUAUUGUAAUGCUUCAUCCUGGUUCAUCUAUAUCUGUAAAUAUACAAGAAAUACAGAAUAAGGGCAGUCUUCUAGCUUGUACUAUUAAUUCUGCUUGCUUGGCUCUAAUUAAUUCAGGAAUUUCUAUGAAAUUCACUGUAGCGGCUGUCACUUGUAUGAUUGAGAAAGAUUCGAAAAAGAUUAUACUUGAUCCAGAUAAUAUUCAAUUGCAGAAUGCCAUGGCAGUUUUUACCUUUACGUACGAUAGUUUAAAAAAAGACAUUAUCUCUUGUAACACAAUGGGACGUUUCACUGAUAAAGAAUUUGUAGAAUGUGUGGAUAGGUGUAGACAAGCUAGUUCAUGCGUCUUUAAUUUUUAUCGUGAAGUUGUAAGAAGGUAUGCAAAAUCAAUAUAAUUUCUUUUGUAGAUGAAUACAAUUUUCUACAUUCAUUCUGUAAUUCAUAUUUUACUUAAUGUACAUGCAAAAUAAAGUGUAAUUUAGCAUGGUAA